AGAGAACAUGCUUAGAUGUUCAAUAAUAUUUAAUAAUUGAAUCUUCACAUUUACAGAAUAAAUAAGAAUAAAAAUAGCAAAACUUGUUCAAUAUAUUUACGUUAUACCGUUUUUUAUUAUGUUUAUCAGAAUGUUUUGUGUACGUCAUUAAUGAAGAAGACAUUAAUAUUCAGCAACUGGUUCAUCAUUUAGACCUGAUUGACCUAAAAAAAUAGAAAAAUUUUGAGGAUGGAGGACUUUUACGUUUCAAAGCCCACUUAUGAACAUCCACCUGACUGGAUACCCCCUGAACAGAGAUCAUCCAACAAUGACUACAACAAUGAUAUCAAUCAGUUUCUACCAAGAUCCGUGAAAAUCAGGCGAAUGAAAAAAAAUGAUGUGUUGGGUUUUAACAUCAGAGGAGGAAAGGAGCAUCACUGUGGUCUUUAUAUAUCAAAGGUGAUGCUAAACACAGAUGCUCAUAGGCUAGGUUUAAGAGAGGGAGAUCAGGUCUUGCGGAUAAAUGACACAAGCUUUGAGAACAUUGACCAUGCGGAGGCAGUAAACAUCCUGAAGUCGAAUAAAGAGCUCCAGUUAACAGUUCGAUACUUCCCCUAUGGCUAUAAGAAGACUUAUGAAGCUCGGGGUCCACCAUCUGCCAGCUACGAAGCUUCCCCUAUCAUAACAGCCCAUGGGACUAACAGAUGAUAUGAUCUACAAUCUACAUCCACUAUAUUUGACAUAAUCAUUUAUGAUUUGUGCAUAAUAUGGGAAUUCAUGCGACUUU